GGGAGGGUGGAGGGCGGGGCGCGGCUUGGGGCUUGGGUUCCUUUGCCCCUUGCCCACCAUGGAGGGGUUGGACUCGAGGGAGGGCGAACUUUCCCCUGAGAGAUUCUGGGGAAAAGGGAAAUAAGCUUCGAGUCGGUAAAACUGCGCAAGUGCACAGUCAAGAAGAGAGUCUUGGGAAAACCAACGAUAGUUCCCGGAGAUGACUUUUGGACUGCGGAAACGUUUGUCAAAGGAAAGGGGCUUCAGUUUAAUGCCCAGAGCCAUGGCUAUCUCCUCUUCCUCCUGCAAACUGCCCUUGGUGGCUGUGUGCCAGGUAACAUCGACGCCAGACAAGCAACAGAACUUUAAAACAUGUGCUGAGCUGGUUCGAGAGGCUGCCAGACUGGGUGCCUGCCUGGCUUUCCUGCCUGAGGCAUUUGACUUCAUUGCACGCGACCCUGCAGAGACGCUACGCCUGUCUGAACCACUGGGUGGGAGACUUUUGGAAGAAUACACCCAGCUUGCCAGGGAAUGUGGACUCUGGCUGUCCUUGGGUGGUUUCCAUGAGCGUGGCCAAGACUGGGAGCAGACUCAGAAAAUCUACAAUUGUCACGUGCUGCUGAACAGCAAAGGGGCAGUAGUGGCCACUUACAGGAAGACACAUCUGUGUGAUGUAGAGAUUCCAGGGCAGGGGCCUAUGUGUGAAAGCAAUUCCACCAUGCCUGGGCCCAGUCUUGAGUCACCUGUCAGCACACCAGCAGGCAAGGUUGGUCUAGCUGUCUGCUAUGACAUGCGGUUCCCUGAACUCUCUCUGGCAUUGGCUCAAGCUGGAGCAGAGAUACUAACCUAUCCUUCAGCUUUUGGAUCGGUUACAGGCCCAGCCCACUGGGAGGUGUUGCUGCGGGCCCGUGCUAUCGAAACCCAGUGCUAUGUCGUGGCAGCGGCACAGUGUGGACGCCACCACGAGAAGAGAGCAAGUUAUGGCCACAGCAUGGUGGUAGACCCCUGGGGAACAGUGGUGGCCCGCUGCUCUGAGGGGCCAGGCCUCUGCCUUGCCCGAAUAGACCUCAGCUAUCUGCGACAGUUGCGUCAACACCUGCCUGUGUUCCAGCACCGCAGGCCUGACCUCUAUGGCAAUCUGGGUCACCCACUGUCUUAAGACGACUUCUGUGAAUUCAGACCCGCCCCCACCAGCCCCCACCCCGCCAUUGUGAGCUGGUGCUCAUGUGACUUGGAGGCAGGACCCAGGCACAGCUCCCCUCACUUGGAGAACCUUGACUCUCUUGAUGGAACACAGGCUUGGCUUCUUAGGAAAGAAACUUUCACCUGAGCUUCACCUGAGGUCAGAUUGCAGUUUCAGAAAGAUGGCAUUUUAUAUAGUCAUUGUUUAUUUCAUGAAAACUGAAGUUCUGCUGAGGGCUGAGCAGCACUGGCAUUGAAAAAUAUAAUAAUCAUAAAGUCUAUGUCUGGACAUCGCCUUUGGGAACUAGAAGGGGAGUUGGUAUUGUACCAGCUGGACUAAGCUCCAGUUCUAGACCUGGCUCAUUCAACAUGCGUCCCUACAUAAAUAAAAGUGCAACACUCA